AUGAAUCGAGCUAUUUUGACAACUAAAAAUACUUUUGUUGAUGAGAUAAAUGAUAUCUUAACACAAAAAUUCCAAAGAGAAGAAAAAGAGUACAUUAGCUUUGAUGAAACUCUUGAUCCAAAUGACCAAGCUCAUUAUGAGGAUCUUCUACAUUCUUUAACUCCACAUGGUUUGCCACUACAUAAAUUGAUUUUAAAGGUAGAUGCACCUAUUAUAUUAUUGAGAAGCAUGAAUCCAGCAGAAGGAUUACGUAAUGGUACAAGACUCUUUUGCAAGGACUUUGAUAGAAAUGUUAUUCGAGCACAUAUAGCAUUCAGUGAUUUUGCUGGGAAAGAGGUAUUUAUUCAUAGAAUACCUUUACAACCACCCUCGGGUGAAGAAUACACAGUGCCAUUCAAAAGAACACAGUUUCCAAUCAAGGUAUGUAUUACUAUUAAUCCUCAUAUAUGUAAUGUCAAUGGAAAUUCCAGAAUGCAUUUCACGAUGGUAGUUCCUUUCUUUGCCAAACAUAUAAACAACCAUCAAAGAAACUACUACUAAAUCGAAAUUUUAUGAUAUUCGGCUUAUCAACAUGAAUACACUAUUCGAUGAGAUGAAAAAACAUUUAGUGCCACAUCAUAUGCAACUACAAAAGGAAAGGGACAGAUUCAGUUCACCAGAAGAAGACAUCAUACAACUCUACAAUUGCUUUAUUACAUAAACCUUGCAACCAUAAAUUGUAAUGUCAAACGGUUUCAUUUAAUUUUAUUUCAAAUUUAUUGAUAUGUAUAUAUGGUGAAUUAUGUCAUAUUGCCACUGAUUGGUCAUUUGUGACCUAAAUAUUUAAUUUUUGAAUUAACUCAACUAUAAAGGAAAAUACGAAUAGUUUUAAUUGCC